UUCUCAUUUUAUCUCCACCAUUAGAAACGCUUCAUUUCUAUAUAAACAUUGUUACAUACACACAAACCCAUUUGUCUCUCUUAUCUUCUCACACCUUUUGAAAACCAUGACCUUUCUAAAAAUGAAAAGCCUUUCUUUCUUCUUCACCAUCCUCCUCUCUCUUUCUACGUUCUUCACUAUCUCCGACGCACGGAAGUUUAAGGUCGGAGGCAGCGGCGCGUGGGUUCCAAACCCACCUGAAAAUUACGAAUCUUGGUCUGGAAGAAACCGUUUCCUUGUUCACGACACACUCUAUUUUAGCUACGCUAAGGGAGCUGACUCGGUGGUAGAGGUAAACAAGGCUGAUUACGACGCUUGUAAUUCAAAGAAUCCGAUCAAAAGAGUGGACGAUGGAGAUUCUGAGAUCUCUCUUGAUCGUUAUGGUCCGUUUUACUUCAUCAGUGGCAAUGAAGAUAACUGUAAGAAGGGUCAAAAGCUUGCUGUUGUUGUCAUAUCUGCUAAGGUUCCAUCAACGGCUCAGCCUCCUCACGCUGCUGCACCGGGAAGUUCUACGCCGGGAGGAGCCCACUCGCCUAAAUCUUCCUCCCCUGUUUCUCCUACUACUUCUCCUCCGGGAUCAAUGGCCCCUAAAUCCGGUUCCCAUGGUUCUCCGAUGACUUCACCGCCGGGAUCAAUGGCUCCUAAAUCCGAUACUCCUGUUUCUCCGGCGACUUCUCCCCCGGCUCCACCUAAAUCCACUUCCCCUGUUUCCCCAUCCUCCGCUCCGAUGACUUCACCGCCGGCACCAAUGGCACCCAAAUCAUCUUCCACUGUUCCUCCGUCUUCUGCUCCGAUGACUUCACCACCUGGACCAAUGGCACCUAAAUCUUCAACCCCUGUUUCAAACUCACCCGCCGUUUCUCCAUCUUUGGCUCCGGGAGGCUCUACUUCUUCUUCACCGUCAGAUUCUCCGUCAGGCUCGGGGAUGGGUCCUUCGGGAGAUGGUCCAUCAGCCUCCGGUGAUAUCACUACGCCGGCGGGAGCUCCAGGGCAGAAAAAAUCGUCGGCGAAUGGUAUGGCCGUUAUGUCUAUUACUACGGUUUUAAGUUUGGUUUUGACCAUCUUUCUGUCAGCAUAAGAACACUUGGAGACUUGUUUCAUGUCGGAUUCUAUUAUUUGUUCUUGUUUCGGUUUAGUUUCGACUUUGUUUUUAAAUUGUUUUUGGAUCCCAUUGUGAUUCCGUAUUAUUGAGUAUAGUUGGAUCGUUGUUUCGUUAUAAAUAAUAGACACUUGUGUUCCUUAAA